AUGCCAUUCAUCCCCAACACACCCGAGUCUUUGAUAGGCCGCACCGACUCUAAAAACCCAGCAACAACAUGUCGAGGUAUCACUUCAGGAGGUCGACCUUGCCGGCGCGACUUGAAUUCUUCCUCAGGAUCCUCGCCAGCAGCCCCUCGAAUUACCAAACCUACCAAACUACGUGUUGAUGACCCAAGCAAUCCCGACCUUUACUGCUGGCAGCAUAAAGACCAAGCAAGCUUGUCCGCCAAAUCUAGCCCGGGACCGAAGACGAGGACGACUCCGAUCCUCGAAACCCGCGAGAGUUUGGAUACUCUCAUCGAUCGGCUCGGUAUAGUUGAGGCAGAAAGGCACAGGCGAAAGCAUCAUCAUGGGGAUAGGCCUUCGAGACACGACGACCGGGACGACCGGCACAACGAAAAGACCUCACACUCAGGCAACACAAACGCCGAACGACCACAUAGACGUAGACCGAAGGAGAAGAAAAGGAGUUUCUGCUAUUGCUUUACCAUCACCGAGUUAGAAGAGGAAGAGGAGGAGCGUCCAGUGCGGCCCCAGCCCAAACCGGUACAGAGCGCGCCCGCGAAAACGACCUAUUCGAGACCACAGGACCAGCACUUGGCCAUUCCUCCUGCUGUGCAUGGGCGACCCAGUACCGACCCAAAGCGACCUUCGGAAUCUCGCAAAACUUCGCAGACAUCGCAGUACUUGUCCUUGAUUCCGGCUACAGCAUCGCCACAAACGGCUUCACAGCUUAUGGCCGAAUUAGCGAAGCCUAUUUCGCAACAGGACGAAGCCGGCUACAUUUAUAUCUUCUGGUUAACGCCCGAGUCCCAACCAACAGCCCCUUCAGACGAAGCAGCAGAGUCUCUUCUGGCACCACCCCGUCCGGGCGGCCGCCAGAGACGAGCCAGCGAUGUGUUAGAGACAUUUGCCGUCAAGGAGAGCAAGACUGGAUCGUCAUCUGGACCGUCGUCUAAAAAGGUCCUUUUGAAGAUCGGUCGGGCAUCCAACGUGCAGCGACGUCUCAACGAAUGGACCCGUCAGUGCGGUUAUAAACUGUCGCUGAUCCGCUACUACCCCCACAUCUCGUCUAGUCAACCGUCGACACCUCGAAAGAUGCCUCAUAGCCACAAGGUCGAACGCCUGAUACAUAUCGAGCUUGCCGGCGCCGGUUUACGAGUAAGCGACAAGGGCAAUUGCGAUGUCUGUGGAAAGGCGCACAGGGAAUGGUUUGAGAUAGACGCUACCAAAAAGGGGAUCGCCAUGGUCGAUGAAGUUGUUAAACGUUGGUCGGACUGGGACGAAUCCAAAGGAUGA